CUUUUUUUUCACUCUGAACUACUCUACAACGACCAUCAGAUGAGAAGAAGAUGAUCGUCUCGUUUCCAUACACGUAGUGGACCAUUCUUUCUAUCCAGAGCCUCCAACAGCUGUCUCGGUCUCCCCGCCGACUUCUCAGUCAUCGAGAGCUCAGGACCCACCAAGUAACCUUCUUUCAGACCUGACUGUUCUCACAGUAUCAGCCUUUCAUUUGCGCUGAGUUAACAUGAGUGAUCUGGAUAGGGCGAUCGCCCAACUUCGCGCCUGUCGCUUAAUCCCCGAGGCCCAAGUCCGCGAACUCUGUUACAAAGCGCGAGAACUCCUGAUAGAAGAAGGGAAUGUUGUUUGCGUUGAUGCGCCAGUUACGAUAUGCGGGGAUAUUCAUGGUCAGUUUCACGAUUUGAUGGAGCUCUUCCGUGUUGGCGGAGACGUUCCAGACACCAACUACCUAUUCAUGGGCGACUUCGUCGAUCGGGGAUUCUACUCGUUGGAAUCGUUUCUUCUUCUUCUCUGUCUGAAAGUCCGCUAUCCAGACCGCAUCACGUUGAUUCGCGGCAACCACGAGUCCCGACAGAUCACGACAGUGUACGGGUUUUAUGACGAGUGCAUCCGCAAGUACGGAAGUGCCAAUGUUUGGAGGUACUGCUGUGAGGUGUUUGACUAUCUAGCACUCGGGGCUUUAGUCCUUGGAGCCACCGAACCGGCGCCGUCCUCUGCGUGCACGGUGGCCUUUCCCCCCUCAUCGAUACAGUCGACAAAAUCCGCCUUAUUGACCGCAAACAAGAAGUUCCCCACGAAGGCGCCAUGUGUGACCUCCUCUGGUCCGACCCAGACGAGAUUGAUGGCUGGGGCCUUAGUCCCCGCGGCGCAGGCUUUCUCUUCGGCGCCGACAUCGUCAAGCAGUUCAACUACAAGAACGACCUGUCUCUCAUUGCGCGCGCUCACCAGCUCGUCAUGGAGGGGUACAAGGAGAUGUUUGACGGUGGGAUCGUCACCGUUUGGUCCGCACCGAACUACUGCUAUCGUUGCGGGAAUAUAUAGGGUCUUUGAAGCCGCUGCGCAGGAUACAAGGGGUAUGCCUGCGAAGAAGCCAGUUGCUGAUUAUUUCUUGGUGAGCCCUUUUCCUGUUCCUCUUUACUUCCUAAACCCUAGUGAAUGGCUUGCUGACCAGUCUCCAUUCAUAGUGAUACCAACCACCAUACCCCGCCCCCUCCUUCCUCUCUCCAGAGCCAACAUCUCAGCCUACUCUCUUCACACAUCACUAUAUAUGCCCUUAUCUCUUCCAUCUCUCGAAUUCCUCUACGGCUCUUUUCCCCCUCAAAUCUUCUCCGUCUAA